UUGUUUCCGUUUCCACCUCCGAGAAGCCUCACGCCUCCACAUAUCUUUUCUCUUUUUUUUUGUUGUUGUUUUUGCCUCGAAGCCGUUCCGUUAGUUCUGGGGCGAUCCAAAGUUUGAGGAGAGUUAAUAUCUUUUUUCAACAAUGGGGGACAUCGAGGCUCCCGACUCGAAUCGGCCGCGUCAGACCGUCCUGCUCUCUGUUCUUCCGAGCAAAGAGUUCGCCUCGUCAAGGAAAGGAAUGCUGCUGAUCGCUGAAGUGGCUCUCUCCUUUGUAUCAUUUGUGUGUUUUGCGGCGUCCAAAGCAGCAGCCUUUGUGACAGUCCCACUGCUGGAGUUCCUGGCUGCUCUCUUCUUGUUGUUCGCUUACUCCACCAAAUUUAACGAGAGGUUUAAAGGCUUCCUCUGGCCUCUUAUGGAUUUCAUGAGAUGUGUGACUGCCUCCAUUAUCUUUUUCAUCAUCUCCAUAAUUGCAGUGUCCAGAUAUUUGGACGGCUCCUCUAAGGCUGCUGGGGUGUUUGGUUUCAUAGCCACCAUCGUUUUUGCUUUAGAUUUUUACCUCAUUUUCAAUGAGCUGGCUAAUUUCCUAAAGCAAGGAGGGGAGUCCAAUGAUGAGCCAUCAAGACAGCAAGACGAGUUUUCAGACUCUGAUUCAGACUGAGACCUGGGGGGUAUCGUCACCAGCGGACACAUUCGUUCAAACAAAGUAAACCUUUGCAGUAGAAAUGGCCACUGCUGAGCUGCCAUUUGAUCCACAAGUGUUUUUUAUCAUUCCACAAGGUUACAUUAACACUGUGUACAACAGCAAUCACAUCUACGUCACACUGAUUAUUUUUUAAUUACUUGCAUUCAUUGAAAGUUGAGGGACUCUCUGUAUGGUCUUGUAGGAUCAAACAUGUUUAAAGAUGGAGAACCAGACACACUUCAGUUUAUCCUCUUUGACUGUUUCUUCUGCUAAGUAUCUAAGGAUGGAAAUUCAUUUCACACAAUAAUAAUUUCAAAGCAUUCAGGAAAAAAGUCUAAACUGAUGUGCCUAAUAUGUUGGUCCUUUUAGUUAGUAAUUUACUACUCACAAGUAGUUUAGUAACAAUAAUAAAAAAAAUGCUCUGUUUUUUUAUGCCCAUACCCAUAUCUGCUGUCUUGAAUGAUUUUGGGGAAAAUAUAAAUGCAAUUAUCAACUUGAUAUUGAAAUUAUCAUAAAGCUGUGAAAUCGUUUGGUGUCAAUAUACUGAAUUUUGAGAAGCUGUUUGUCUAAAUCUGAUGACUAAUAUUGACUUUUGGGCAUGUACUGUGAGCCUAAUUACAGACCUAUUAAACUACAACACUAAAUUAAUGUGCUUGGUGUAUGAAUGUUUAGCAAUACUGAUAAAGAAGUUGUAUUGUAACAAAGAUGCUUCAACCUUUUUAAAUGGAGGACCUAAAUAAGACAGGAGGCCUACAUACAGUUGGCUGUUUAUUAGGUACACCUAGCUAAAACUAGGACAGGUAUUUCUACUCUCUUUGUCCAUCGAAUUUAAAUCAACAAAACUUAACAUUAUAACCUUCAUGCAAAGAGGGUUUAUUAGAGGACUGUUGUAUUAGACAGUAUUCGUUUUAGCCAAUGUAGCUAAUAAACUGAGUGGAAGUCGGGCAUAAUCAUGGAUAAUCAAUCAAUCAUCAUUUAUAAAAUUACAGUAAACCCAUAAAAAAAACUAAAAUGUACAUUCUGUAGAAGAACAGAUUGGUUGCAGGUUGGCUGGUUACAACCUCUUUCCAAUUGUCUUAACUCUACAGGAGGUAUCUUUAUAACUUGAGGAUAAUGCUUGCUUAUAUUCCUUUAAAUAAAAUUUUUGGAUUAAAAAAGUUACUGUGUCAUGCACUGCAUGACAAACUUUUCUGGAUCGUUGCAUUGUUGAUAUGCCCUCCAAAGUUUAUGUUUUAAAACUUUUGGUGAAUUUAAGCAACAGCAGUGAUGAUGUGCUUUUAAACCUAUUGUUUGUGUGUGUGUCUGAAUAAGAAUGCAUUGAAGCUACUUAAUGCAGUAUUAGUUCGUUGAAUGCUAAAUAUCAAAUAUGUGAAUCAUGUUUUUGAAAAACAUAUGUUCUUGUUUUGGUUGUGCAUUUGCUUUUUUUUGUCAGUUUCUGCAUAUAUGUUUGAUUCUUCAGUUCUUCCACUGCCACUACUGAGAAAUUAGACGCACUAGAACGCCACAGUGACUGAGUUUGAGUGUUACAACAGCACUGUGAACUGAAAAUAGAUGACUGAAAAUUAGCAUCUGUGGCCUCUGAUUUCCAUGUGGGAUUUCAACUGAUGUGAGCAAAUUUCAUGUUGAUAGUUAACAAAAUAUGAAGCUGCAAUUAGAUCUAAUAAGUAUUCACCAUUGUGCCUUUUUUGCAGGAGUUUUGAUAAUUGACAUUGUCAAAUUACUUCAUUUAUAUUUACAUUCUGUUUGAAUGGAGCCCUGGCAGAAAUAUGCAAAGUCUGUAUUUAUAAAUUUAGACUAGAACUGAGAAAAAGUUCAGUGAUGUAUGCAAAAGAACUGGCUUUGACUGAUGCUAAUCAGUGUGUGAUGUUAUGUUCAAUAUAUACGCUGUCCUUUAAAAAUCACACAUCUCCAAAGCAAUAAUUUUCCAUGAGCUAAGAAAAAUAGCCAUGUAAACUUCAUUCAAAUGGUGUUUUAAAUGGUUUAUUUUUCAUAAUAGGUAUAGGACCAAUUUCACCCAUAGAGGAACAUUUAACCCAUCACUUUAUCUAGUUUUCACUGGGCAGCAACAAAACUCAGCUAUACCCUUUUGACGUGCAUACACAAUUUAAGAAUAAUUUUACGAUUUAGUACCAUUUGCUAAAUAAGGCCCUUUGCUGAGCUAUUGUAGGUGAAAUAUAAAGUUUGUUUUCUACUGUUUUGCCUGUUUGUCUUUUGUGCAAAAAAAAAUGUCUGAAUAAAAAACCUGAGCUGUU